CUUUGAAAUGAGAAGUUUAAUUUAGUUAUUGUAGACACAACUUGUUACAUGGAUCAUAGUUCAAUCAUUCAGCCCAUGUUUCUCUCUCUUUUAGCUGUUUCUUUCUUUUAAUGCCCUCAUUUCUGUUGUACUGUACUGUAGAUUGUAUUUAAAGGCAGCAAGUAAUGAAAUCUAAGGACCACAAGUUUUGGUCUAUUUUUCUGACAAACCUUAUAGGACCAUCUUCACUGUCUUUGCCCUUUAUAACUGGGCUUCGACCCCUAGCCAAAAUGUAGAAACCGGCAGGUGUGGUGGUCUUUUCUUGACUCCAUUGGUAGAGCUGCGUAUUGCAUCCUUCUAUGGGGCGCAUGGCCCUUGGUUUUAAGGACUAUUUUUUUUUAUCUUCCCAAAAUAAACAAACAUAGGCCAUCAUUACAACAUCUCCACUUUUCUAAUAGUUUCCAGCUUGCUUUUUGGCUGAACCAUGCAUGAGUGAAGCACUCGGAGUUUGAAAUUUGAGGAGUGAGAAAGUCUAGAGAGAGAGAGAGAGAGCGGGGAGAUGGAGGGUGGAGAAAAAGGAAGAGUGAGAGAGAGACAAAAGCAGGAAUUCAUGGGGAAAAAGUUGAAACGCGGUGUCUUGGUGGGGAAAAGAGGGGGGCCUUGUACUCCAUCACCCACAUGGAGACUUGGGUUUUCUCAGAAUGAUGCUACCAGUUCCAUUGAUAAAGAUCUCGACUGCUCCACCUCUGUCUCUGCUAGAAAACUAGGUGCCAACCUCUGGGAGAUUCAGUCACACCUCCCAGUUGCUAAUAUGAACAGGGGAGGUGGUAGACUUCGCCAUCACCACCACAAGGACAAGGGUUUUGAGCUUCCCACCCACUUGGUUGACCCUCCUCACAGCCCUCCUGAUCAGCCAGAGAGUGCAAGUAGCUUGAGGCGGCAUGUUGCUGCGUCACUGAUGCAACACCAUCGAUCAGUUGAAAGAAAUGGCCGUGCUCUGCAGCCUGUAUCUCCUGCAAGUUAUAGUAGUUCAAUGGAGGUGGCACAUUACAAUCCUGCAGUCACUCCAACUAGUUCUUUAGACUUUAAGGGUAGGAUUGGUGAAUCAAGUUAUAACCUUAAAACUUCCACUGAAUUACUCAAAGUACUCAAUCGGAUAUGGAGUCUUGAAGAACAGCAUUCAUCUACCAUAUCAUUGGUGAAAGCCCUGAAAAUGGAACUGGAUCAUUCUCGGGCAAGAAUCAAAGAGUUAUUACAAGAGAAGCAAACAGAACGGCAGGAGAUGGAUGACUUGAUGAAGCAAGUUGCAGAAGACAAACUAAUUAGAAAGACCAAGGAGCAAGAUCGAAUCAAAGCUGCAGUUCAGUCUGUGAGAGAUGAGCUAGAAGAUGAGAGGAAGUUAAGAAAACGUUCAGAAACCCUGCAUCGAAAGCUAGCUCGAGAGCUUUCUGAGGUGAAAUCUUCUUUUUCUAAUGCUUUGAGAGAACUUGAAAGGGAGAAAAAGGCACGGAUUCUAUUGGAAGACCUAUGUGAUGAGUUUGCUAAGGGAAUAAGGGAGUAUGAACAAGAGGUGCGGUCCCUCAAACACAAGCCUGAAAAGGACAGGGUUGCUAGGGAAAACUCUGAUCGGUUAGUUCUUCAUAUUUCUGAAGCAUGGCUUGAUGAGCGGAUGCAAAUGAAGCUGGCUGAAGCUCGGUGCGAUGUUGCAGAAAAGAACACAAUUGUGGACAAGUUGAGCUUUGAAAUAGAAACCUUCCUUCGAGCUAAACAAUCUGUCACUUCUAGAAGAGAUGAUUACUCAUCCCCAAGUGAGCAGAAGGAAAGUCGCUUACGUCGGCAUUCUUUAGAGUCCUUCCACUUGAAUGAGGCUGUAAGUGCACCUCAAAAUGCAGAGGAUGAAGAAGAUUCUUCAGAUAGUGAUUCACACUGUUUUGAGAUAAACAAGGGUUCAGGUGCAAAGCAAAGCAAUGGCAGCUGUAAAAAACACGUUGGCAACUCCGUAGAAGGUCAUGCUGAAGACACAGUGAAAUCGUAUCCUACAAAGAAAAAGUCUGGAUCACAAGAAAUCACCAAGGGACGCAAACCUUCCGGCUUGCGGACGCAGUUUGAAGAAUACAUGGCCCGAACCAUGUCUUGUAAUGGAAACAAGACCCAGCUUGUGGACAGUGAGCAGGGGGAAAUGGGAGGGGAUGACCAAGUUGAAAUAAACAAUUUCCAGAAGUUUGAACCAAACGAGGCUACACAGGAGAGUAUGCCAGAAAAAAAGAAUAAACGGGCAGGAGCCCGGGGAGUGAAUUUGAAUCAUGUGCUUGAUAACCUAAUCAGAAAUCACUCCUCUCCAUUGGAAGGUGAGAAAAUACAUCCUGAGAACAACUGCAGGGAAGAUGCUGGCAAUCAAUCUGUACUUAUGGGCCAUGCUAGUCCCAUACAACAAUGGAUGUCAAAAUUGACAUCCCCAGAUCUUGAAAUCUCCGAAUCUUCUUCAAAAUGGCCUCGAGGCUCAAGGGAGAAUAGCUUGAAAGCAAAACUACUUGAAGCAAGGUUAGAAGGUCAGCAUUUCAGGGCCAAAGCUUCCAAAGGUUCCUUUUAGGUUCAUGAAACUUGCACACUUGCCUGCCUGAGGUAACACACUCACAAUCUACAACUACUGGCUUGUGAAUAAGUUCCAAGAUCCUUGUCUUCAAGUUAAAAAAUGAUGGGUAUAUCUAUAUUUUCUUCUGUAGUUUCUGGAUCACAUCUGUACAUGAAAAUGUAUUGUUGCUUACAUGGUUACAAAAAUCACAACUAGAGUUGAAGUCCCCUCUUGAAGAUUUUGAUGAACUCUACCUCGGCUUCAUUGUGUUUU